GGGGCUGAAAACGUAGGGGAGAAUUUAUUUCGCACUCCCACUGUGACAGCAUAACCUGCAUAAUACAAGUUAAAACAUCCCCACAAACAAAUGGCGUUAAGAAGUGGAGAAAGAUGAAAGUUUACUCCCCUUAUAACUAAAUAAAUAAAGUCGAGGUAUUGUGAGAUAUCAGUGAUUAUGUGUCUUAACUCGACAUAACAUUAAAAAUAUUAAAGGGAGGGUAACUUUGUAUUGUAUUGUAUUGUAUCUAAACCUAUAUGUUACAUGCAGCUUGAAAUUGCUCUUUGACUUCGUAUUGUAUUUAUAAGUUUGUAUUAAUGCAGCUUGCAUGGUGACUUUUGUUGAUUUUGAAUUUGGUCACGGCGAGACUCGUAUUGUCUGCGUGGAUUAAAUAAGUGAACUGAGGGAAGAAACCUGAGCAAGGUACAGGCAAAGCCACGUAUCGCAUGGUGGGCCCAAUGGCGUGAUAUGACAGCCAAUGACCUGUCUCCAUCCGACUCCACAUAAAAAUAAAAUUUAUUCUUUCUUUUGUAGCCCUACACGUAAUAAGAAUUAAACCGACAACAAACUAAACUUAGAUAUUUAUGACGGAAAAACACAAAACUUAGAUAUGGACAAAACCAAUCACAAAAAGUAAGAUGCUAUAUUAUGUGCUGUCACAUUACAAGAUCAACGGUGGAGAUUGCAUGCAUCAACGUCAAGGUGCAUCUGUUCCCGUCGAUUUGCUCAGGUUUUCCCAGAAGAGACCGAAAGUAAAGCAGAGGAUAAUAAAAAUAGAUGUUUUUCCAUAAAAAGGAAAAUUUCCUUUCUUGAACAACCAGCCACCAGCAGCCGCCGCCAUUUGUCUCUCUAAUUCUCUUAGUUUUUCUGGACAGACCAAAACUUCAGACCGGGCUGAAACCCCGACAAAGGGGAAUGGUGAAAAUGAUGAGGGAAAAGAUCAAAAUCAAGAAGAUUGACUACCUGCCAGCAAGGCAGGUUACCUUCUCAAAGAGAAGAAGAGGGCUCUUCAAGAAAGCUGCAGAGCUAUCUGUUCUGUGUGAAUCUGAGGUGGCAGUUGUCAUAUUUUCUGCUACUGGCAAGCUCUUUGAUUAUUCAAGCUCAAGUAUCGAGGAUGUUAUUGAAAGGUACAAAGCGCACACAAAUGGUGUCGAAAAAUCGAACAAACAGUUUCUUGAGCUGCAACUGGAGAACGAAAAACACAUCAAACUGAGUAAGGAACUCGAGGAGAAGAGCCGCCAGCUGAGGCAGAUGAAAGGUGAGGAUCUUGAAGGGCUGAAUCUGGAUGAGCUGCUGAAGUUAGAACAACUGGUGGAAGGAAGCCUUGGCCGUGUGAUAGAAACUAAGGAAGAGCUGAUUAUGAGUGAGAUCAUGUCACUGGAGAAAAAGGGAGCUGAGCUGGUAGAAACCAACAACCAGUUAAGGCAGAGGGUAAGCAACUACCACAAUCAUAUGGCGAUGUUAUCCGGAGGAAAUACUGGACCUGCGCUUGUGGAGCCGGAGACGUUGAAUACUAAUAUUGGAGGUGGAGGAGAAGACGGCAUGUCAUCUGAAUCUGCCACAAUGGCCACCUCUACCAGCUGCAAUAGUGCUCUCAGUCUCUCUCUUGAAGAUGACUGCUCCGAUGUCACUUUAUCUCUCAAAUUGGGAAAUCUUCAGUUACGGGAUCCCAACACUGAAAGGACUAUUGAAAACAUAAGGGAGGAAAUAUAUUCAUGAUGAAGAUUAAAACAACGUAACCUGAGUAAGGCAUAUAAAGGCUUCCCUAGUUUCCUAGUUAAGAAGUGGACAAGGAAGAAAGUAUACUCCCCUUAUAGCUAAAUAAACAAAGUCGAGAUAAUGUGAGAUAUAUCAGUAAAUGUGUGUCUUAACUCGAUAUAACAUUAAAGGGAGAGUAACUUUGUAUGUAUCUAAAACCUAUGCAGCCUAACAUACUGCUCUUCGACUCUGUAUUGUAUGUAUUAAUAUGCAGCCUGCAUGGAGACUAUUGUUGAUUGGGUUAUCAA